AUGGCCGACGCUUGUAAAGAAACUGAUUCCAAAUCUUCCAACAAUACAAACUCCACAAACAAGUACCUCAAUUUCUAUGACCUUUUCAACCCAUUCCGAAUUGAGACUGGCGAUAACCCAGCUGUAGCCAUUGUUUCCAAACUCUUGACUGCUGAUAAUUAUGUCAGUUGGUCCCAUACGAUCUCUCGAGCUCUUCACGUGAAGAAAAAACUAGAAUUUAUCAAUGGUACAUUGCCUAAACCUACUAACCCCUCAAACCCUCUUUUCGAAGCUUGGGAGAGAUGCAACGACUUGGUUGUUUCGUGGCUACAGAAUUCUGUAAGUCCUUCUGUCAAAUUUAGUCUUGCUUUAGUUGAUGAUUCAAGAGUGUUGUGGUUGGAACUCAGGGAUCGUUUUACCCAUCAAAAUGGCCCUCGAAUUUUUCAACUCAAACGUGACUUAGCUCGCUUAUCUCAAAACCAAGACAAUGUCAGUACCUAUUUCGGUCAUCUCAAAGCAUUGUGGGAUGAACUUGCUAUCUAUGACCCUCUUCUCGAUUGUGAAUGUGGAAAAUUAAAAAUCCUCCAUGAUCGAUAUGACCGAGACUGUGUCAUUCAAUUCCUUAUGGGGUUGUCUGAUUCAUACUCAAACGCCUGA